UUCCAUCCCCCAAAAAAGAAAGGCAAAAGAAGAAUUAAAGACGUGAACUUUCAAUUAAGCUCGCUCUCUCUAUCUCUCUAUCUCUCUCUCCAAAGGAUGAAUUGUCUGAAUGUCUAUCACAUAACGGCCCUCAGAAACGCAAGGCUUUAAGCAACCAAAAGAUUAGUUCAAUCCUAGUCGCUGACAUGUUCUUUUCUCCCCUCGAUUUCGCUUUCCAUCCCCUAUGAUUCUCUCUAAUUAGGUCAGACCUCAAUUUCCUUUUGAGUCGGAUAUCCAUGCAAAACUGAAAACUGAGGUAAUAUCGGCUGUUUUCGCGGGUAACAGGUCAUUUUUCCGCGUGUAAUUUUCAGAGGGAUCAGAGUUUGCAUGACCUCCUCUGCUUUCUGCUGUAUGUGUAUUAUUUUAGAUUUUGCUUAAAAAUGAAUGAAGAGAUUGAUGGAUUCAUUUCAUGGGUACCCUUAGUGAGUUUUGCCCGAAACCCACUUUGAUUUCCUGAAUAUGGAUUCUGUGAAAAGGGUUUUCUAUAUAAAGUUAGUUCUCUUUGCUGGCCUACUCUUGGCCUCUGUUUCCAGACUUUGGAUCAGUCUGUUCGGUUACCUAAACAGAGUCUUCCUCAGACAUAAAAAAGGUGCGAGUUCUGGGAUUCUUUCACAAGAAAACAAUCAAAUUAAUUCCAAAUGUAUUGAGCUAGAAGCAGAGUCUGAGGUAUCAUAUUCAGAAAGCUUUAGACAUGGGGAUUCAGGGUACAAUAAUAUUGCAUCAGAAACUUCAGAUUAUUCUAGCAUUCGUUCCCAAGAAAACGUUCGAAUCGAUUCCAAUGAUACUGAACCAGAAGGGGAGGCUGAACCAGUGUAUUCUGAAGUUUUUUCUGGCGAGGACGUGGGGCACGAUGGUUUGGAUGAAAUAGAUUCAGAAACGCCAAAGUUUGAGUUCAAAUUCCGGUUUCCGACAUAUGAAGAAAGCAGUAGAUUUAAUGUAGGGAGUGGUGAUUCUGUUAGCUUGGAGAGUACCGCUCCCUCUACUAGCACUAAUAAGUAUGAGUUCUUCUCUGGGAAAAGUUUUAGCCACUUCUUGGAGGAACCAGAAGCUGUAAGCUUUACAGUCAAAGAGUUACAUAUUGAGUCCAAUAAUCAUUCGAUUGAAAGUAUCCCAAAUAUUGAAAGAGAUUCUAUGCAGCAAAAUUCUUUAAAAGAAGUUGUUCAUGAAAAAGCUUCUGAGACCUCUGAGGUGUCAGAGAAGCUAGAGGGUAGGACGUCGGUUGAAGAUGUUUAUUCUUGGGGAGGACAAUUGGAGAAGCCGGAGAAUGACUUUUCGGGUGAAGAAAAUGUUACGGUCGAUGAUAAGUUUCUUUCCGAAAAGGAUUUCAUUGCUUCAGAUUCUGACUUGGAGGAUUCUGUUUGCUCAAGUUCAUUAUUGAGUCAAUUCGGGGCUUCGACCAGCGAUUUAUUUUUGUCAGAGAAGGAUUUCGAGGGUGCAAAUGAAGGAGAGGAUGUAGAAUUAACUGAGGGAGACUUGGAGUCGGCGGACAUAGAUUCGCAGAACUUGGAUAUUGGUUAUGAGCCAGAAGAUUUUGAUGGUGAAGAUAGUGAUAUUCUGGAAGAACUUCAAAAGCUGGAAGAGUCUGAUAUGCCGAAAUCAGAUCGUCAAAACUCAGAGAAGUUUUACAAGGAUGGUUUUCAUGGUGACAGAAACUCUAAAGACGAAGACUUUGGUGGAAAUGAUGAAAAACAAAUGGAUGGAAAACUCAAUUCAAAGGAUUCAUCGGAGUGGGAUUCUGAGGAUUCAAAUGAAUUGGAAUCAUUGUGGGAACAUCAAGAGUUGAUAGAGCAGCUGAAGAUGGAGCUGAAAAAGGUCAGAGCCACAGGCCUGCCCACCAUUCUUGAGGAAUCUGAGUGUCCCAAGAUAAUUGAAGAUUUGAAACCUUGGAAAAUUGACGAGAAGUUUCAGCAUGCCGAUCGAAUUGGUGAGGUUCACAAGUUCUACAAGAGUUACAGAGAACGAAUGCGGAAAUUCGAUAUCCUGAAUUACCAGAAGAUGUACGCGAUAGGUGUUCUGAGGUCAAAGGAUGGACAUGAUGAUCAUUCGUUUUCAAGCCGCAAAUCAUCUGCGCCGGCGAUCACAUCCCUUCUUUCUCAAAGCUUUCGGCUUAGCAAGCAUAAAAAGUCUGAACUUGACCCUACGAUGAAGUUUAUUAGAGACUUGCGUUGUGAUUUGGAAAUGGUCUAUGUUGGGCAGUUGUGCCUUUCUUGGGAAAUCCUUCACUGGCAAUACGAGAAGGCUUUAGAGUUAUGGGAGUCUGACCCGUCCGGACUGCAUCCAUAUAACGAAGUUGCAGGUGAAUUUCAACAGUUUCAAGUCCUCUUGCAAAGAUUUAUAGAAAACGAACCUUUUCAAGGACCAAGGGUUGAAAAUUAUGUCGAGAAUCGAUGUGUUAUGCGUAAUCUUCUUCAAGUGCCAGUGAUAAGAGGGGACAGAAAGAAAGAAAGAAGAGGAAGAGACAAUGGCGCAAUCACGAUUGAUAUUGUGAUAGAGAUCUUGGAAGAAUCGAUGAGAAUAAUUUGGAAAUUCAUCCGAGCUGAUAAAGACGCGAGCACCUUGAUUCUACCGAGUCGAAGGGAUACUCGGAUUGAUCAUCAGCUCCAAGACCCAGCAGAUUCAAUGCUUUUGAUGGAAGUCCGAACAGAUAUUCAAAAAAAAGAGAAGAAACUGAAAGACAUCUUGAAGAGUGGAAACUGCAUAUUAAAGAAGUUCCAAAAGCAUCAAGAUGAAGACAACAUAGACCACCAUUAUUUCUUCUGCCAAGUGGAUAUGAAACUAGUGUCGAGGGUCUUAAACAUGCCUAGAAUAACAACAGACCAACUUGUUUGGUGUCGCGGUAAAUUAAGUCAGAUUAGAUUUGUGAAUCGAAAGAUUCACGUAGAAUCACCUUCCAUCUUGCUUUUUCCAUGUUGAGCCUAUUAGCUAGCUAUAGGUUUGUCAGCCACGUGUACAUAAAAUACUAUAGAUCAGAUCAAAUUAGUCUUCCCAUCGUAUAGUAUACUUGAUGAGCUCAGGAGCCCUGAUUUUAUUUACGUUAUAAUAAUUAAUGCUGUUGCUUCCUGUAUAACUUUAUUUAAAAAAAAAAACAUAGAGAUUCUUGUAAAUUGUC